CUUCCGUUCCAAAUGGAAAAUGGACAUAUAAUAAUUUCCGAUCAGAAGACGAACGUCAAGCUUAAAGUGUACAAAAGACGAUGGUACGUGUUGCUUUUGUUUUCAUUGUUUGCCUUCACACAAGGUGGUUUAUGGAAUACUUGGGGUCCCAUUGCAGACUCGAGUGAAGAUGCUUUUUCACUUAAAGAUGCCGAUAUUGCACUUUUUGCCAACUGGGGACCGAUUUCGUACAUUGUCGGUGCUAUUGUGGCGGCCUGGAUGGUGGACAAUAAAGGUCUACGAUUUAGCUGUCUGCUUUGGUCAUUUCUGAUUGUUAUAGGAACUGGAAUACGAUGCAUUACAAGUGAAAUUAAAUAUGUCAAAUGGACCAUAAAUAUAGGCCAAUGUUUAAAUGGAUUGGCUGGACCGAUUGCUAUGGGUGGACCACCUCUUGUUUCUGCGACCUGGUUCCCACUGCACGAGAGGACUACGGCUACCAGUCUUGGAUUCUGCAUGAACCUCAUAGGAAUUGCAGUAUCAUUCUUGUUAGGUCCACAUGUUGUAUCAAACACGUCUUUUAAGGAGACAGCAAACAGGAAUUACACAGAUAAUACGACAGAAUCAAUGAAUAUAACCAUGCAUAAUUCUGUUAUAAUAGAAGAAAAUAGAAAGACGGAACGAGGACAAAUAAUGCUCUUGAUGUACAUUGAAUGUGGUUGGGCUGUGUUUUUAUUUUUGCUGAUGUUAUUAUAUUUUCCUGCAAAACCGACAUUACCCCCAUCUAAGACUGCUGGUAUAAAACGAAUUGCCUUCAAAACAGGGAUACAAGCCAUUUUUAGAUCAAAACCAUUUUGGUUGAUAUCAUUGAUCUAUAUUAUCUCGUUAGGCGUGUUCAAUGUUUGGCAAGGUGUCCUUGAUGUCAACCUAAAAGCACACGGGUUCAGUCAGGAAGAAGCUGGUUGGCUGGGAUUUUCAUCUAUAAUAGCUGGAUGUAUCUCCAGUGUGAUAAUAUCGAGAUUUGCUGAUAUGUUCAACAAACAUUUGCGCAUGUUCCUGAUAUGUAUUUAUUUUGGAAGUUUCAUUGGAUUUUUAUGGUUUACACUUCUAGUCAACGACAUCCUUCCGAAUUCGACAGUAUCCUUGUAUGCUGCCAUUAUUCUUGGAACGAUAUGCUUACAAGCAGCGACACCAUUAUAUUUUGAAAUGGCCUGUGAAGUGUGUUAUCCAGUGUCAGAAGGUCUAACUAACGUGCUUCUAACAACCAUGUGUAAUGUUGGUAGUUUUAUAUUUUUGCUACUACAGAUGAUUCCAAGUAUAGGAACAGAUUGGGAGAAUUGGUGCCUAUUAAGUGUGAUAUGUAUCUGCAUCCCACUUAUGUUUAUGUUCAAAGACAGCUACAACCGAUCAAUUAUUGACGAAAGAGCAGAUGAAAACACAAUUACAGAAAGAAAGAAAUAUUAG